AUGAUUGGAAUAGCUCUCCUCGUUUUAGCUAUAACAGCAUUGGCUUAUGCCUUCAAUUGGAUUAAAUAUUGGACUAAAUAUUGGGAAAAUAAAGGAGUGAAAUGUCUUCCAGCUGUUCCUAUCUUUGGCAAUUGCUUACCAAUGGUUUUAAAUAAGAAAAAUGUUAGUGAGAUUUUGGAAGAUAUUUACAAUGCAUUUCCAGAUGAACCCGUUGCUGGAUAUUAUGAAUUUCUGACACCACGGCUUCUUAUUCGGGAUAAUGAAUUGUCUCAAAAAAUAUUAGUAAAAGAUUUUGGACAUUUUGUUGACCAUGGAUUUGAUGUUGACGAAAAAAAAAACCCUUUGGAUAACCAACUUUUUGUGAUGACUGGAAAUAAAUGGAGAGCAUUCAGGACUAAGAUGGCCCCUUUAUUUACAUCUGGUAAACUAAGAACUAUGUAUGAUGUUAUGAAUGAAGUUGGAAAUGGUUUAUUAGAAUACAUGGAUAAAAAUAAGGAGAAUGAUAUUGAUAUUCGUGAAGUAAUGGGCUUGUUUUCUAUGGAUAUUAUUGGGUCAGCAGCUUUUGGAAUAAAUCCAGGUGUGCUAAAAAAUCCAGAUUCAGAAUUUAGAGUAAAAGGGAGACAAAUUAGUGACCCUAAUUGGAGAAAUCUAAUCAGGAUUUGGUUUUUCUUUGCUUUCCCGAAAAUGGCCAAAAAAUUAGGUGUUUCAUUUCAACCAAGCUCAGUUACAAGAUAUUUCCGCGACAUUAUUAGAAAUGCUAUUGAUUAUAGGAAAAAAAAUGAAAUUCAAAGAAAUGACUUUAUUCAAAUGAUGAUGCAACUUAAGGAAAAAGGAAAUAUUGAACUUAAAACAUUGGACGCCACUGAUGAUUACUUAAAAAAUGAGCUGAAUGAAGCCAGCACUGAAAUAUUUGAAAUAACUGAUGAUGUCUUAAUGGCUCAGGCCCAAUCAUUUUUGAUUGCUGGAUUUGAAGCGACAGCUCUUCUGUUAACAUAUGCGAUGCUAGAAAUUUGUCAAAAACCUGAAAUUCAGGAUACUUUAAGAAAGGAAGUAUUGGAACAAGUUAAACUAAACGGCGGUCUCACAUAUGAAUCAUUAAGAAAUAUGAAGUAUCUAGAGCAAGCCAUUAAAGAAACUCAAAGGAUUUACCCAUUGGUACCUUUCCUUACAAGAGUAUGCACCAAAUCUUACACAUUACCAAAUGGGUUUACAAUCGAAAAAGGAGAAUAUUUAUACAUUCCAGCGGCAGCAAUCCAUAUGGAUCCAACCUUUUAUCCUGAUCCAAAAACAUUCAAGCCUGAAAGAUUUGCAGAGCAGCCAAAACCUGGUACAUUCCUUCCUUUUGGAGAAGGUCCGAGAAUGUGUAUAGCAAUGAGAUAUGCAUUACUUGUAGUAAAAUAUGGUCUUGCAUUGUUUCUAUUGAACUAUCGAGCCAAGUUAUCUCCUUCAACCAAACUUCCUGUUAAAUUCCUUAGCAGAGCUUUUGGAAACAUUCCAACUGAAAAAAUACUAUUUAAUAUUGAAAAAGUAAAUUGAGAAAUAA